AUGUCGAAAAUAGCAAACAGAGACUACGCAGCUCUUAAUCUCUCCGGAGACAAUUACUUACAGUGGGCGCUAGAUACAAGGAUCAGUCUAAAGUCCAAGGGACUCGGUGAUACUAUCACCGAGGACAACAAUGACAAUGAAAAGAAUAGAUACAAGGCCAUAAGCUUUAUGCGCCAUCAUCUCAUUGAAGGUCUUAAAGAUCAGUACAUGACAAUUGAAAAUCCACUAGAUCUUUGGAAUGCUUUAAAGCAUAGAUAUGAUCACCAAAAGAUGGUGUUGCUUCCAAAGGUAAGGCACGACUUGAUGCACCUAAGAUUCUUAGACUAUAAGUCAGCGGAUGAGUACAAUUCAGCCUUGUUCAAGAUAGUUUCAAUACUAAGACUUUGUGGUGAAGAAGUAUCCGAUAUGAUGAUGCUUGAAAAGACCUAUACGACUUUCAAUCAGUCGAAUUCUGUGUUGCAAGAGCAAUAUAGAACAAAAGGUUUUGCCACAUAUACUGAUCUGAUCUCGUGUCUACUCUUGGCCGAGGCAAACAAUGAGCUCCUAAUGAAGAAUAGUGGAGCCAGACUGGCCGGGACAGCACCAUUACCCGAAGCCCAUGAGGUUGAAAAGAAAGAUCCCAAAGAGACCUACUACGCCCAAGACAAUAGGAAACCAUACGGCAAUAGCCGUGGUGGGUACAAGAGGUGUGAUAAUCAGAAUGGUCGAGACAACUACUCAACCGGCCAAAAAGGAAACCACAAUAACCGUGGUCGUGGUUCCAAUUACGGCUGGGGUCGAGGCAGUUACGGCCGUGGACGAGGUGGCAUAUCCAAACCAUCUUACACGUCCAAGUCAGUAUGCCACAGAUGCGGGAUGGACAACCAUUGGGCCAAGAAUUGUAGAACUCCGAAACACUUGUGCGACCUCUACCAAGAGAGCCUCAAGAACAAGAACCCGGAGGCAAACAUGAUCCAAGAAAACGGUCAUGAUGACAAAGGAUAUGGAUAUGAUGCUGACAAUGAAUCCGACAAAGAUAACAAAGAUGACCUAAUGGAUUUUGAGACAUCCGAUUGUCUCAAGGACUAG